AUGCAAGUAUCAGUAGAUCAAGGGCACCGAAUUCUCUUCGUUAACUCAAACAUAACCAUCAUGUCAAUCCCUAAGGAAAAACACUUUUCGACUCCUGCGAAAGUUGAUUCAUUCACAAGCGAAGGUACAGAUUACUUCUCUUCAGAAAAAAGCGACAGUUUAAUGUUAGAAUCUCCGGAAGAAUAUGAACAAAACUGCUUACUGUUUCCGACUUAUGCCACGAAACAUGAUUGCAAUGAAGAUGGAAUUCCCACGUUAACUGAUAAUUGGAAUAUUCGCAUCCGUGGAUGGGCCUUCUCUACACCAAGGUCAAGCAAAACUCGUGCACUCUUUCUAAUUGUUGGCUUGACAAAACCAAAUAAAAUGGCUCUCGAUGGGGAUCCAAACGAUCUGCCUGUAGAACAUUCAGAGAAUUUUAUGACGGAAACAGGUUUUGAAGACUCGUAUCAACAUCACCACGAGAAUACCAAUAUGGGCGGUGAUACUUAUAAAACCCCAGUUGUAUCAAAUUCAGGGAGUUUUUCGGGGGAUAUCGUAAUUCGACAGUCGACAGUGGAAAAGUGGCUAAAAGAAGGAGGUGACCACGCCGGGAAUCUGCUUAAAUUAGAGGUUUAUCAGAAUGAAGACAGUAAGUCACUUUUGUAA